UCAGAACAAGGAACGGAUGUGGAACCUCACGAGAAGCCUCAAAUGAUUCGCAGGAUGUCGGGAGAGUUAGUCCAGCCGGUAUUACGUCCCUCUUCGCGUCGACGCCCCGCUAACAUGCCUAGCACACCUACAACUUCAAAGGCUGUUCACUUCGACUCGCAAUUGGAAGAUGUUCGCCAUUUCCUCAACCUGGAUUGUCCCCUUGCGGUUAGCUCUCCGACAUCGCCAGUGAUCAAGAAUCUUGCCUUCAAUGCAUGUCUUCUCGAUGUUGCAGCAACUUCAGACUGGGGGAUACUCGCAGCGAACUUUCUGCAAGACAGCACAUCUCGGAAGUGUCAGCCGGUAUAUAUCGAAAGAAUGUGGCUAUCACGAGAUGAGAUGCAACUGCAGGGCUCAGUCAUGGUUCAAAACAUGGCUUUCCAGAAAUCAGUUACAUGCCGAUUUACUUUUGACUGCUGGGUAACUGUAUCGGAAGUCAGUGCUGAGUACAGUCCGCAAGACUCGCUCUCCCAGGUUCCACUGGGUUGUGACCGAUUUACUUUCUGCAUUCAACUCCCAAGUGCCCACUAUCUGGAGUCCAAA